AGCUCCAACACGCUGGAUGCCAACCGAUCUGUCUAUGACAUCUUCUCACUGCUCUUCAGCGAUGGCGCCUACCACAUACAAAGUCAGUGUGUGCCGUGUGUGUGCGGGUGGAGGGUGGAUGUGUGUGUGUGUGUGCUUGCAUGGAUGCAUGUACGCAUGUUUGCAUGUGUGUGUAUGUUUUCAUGUCCCACGUAUGUGUAAAUGUUCUAUCUGCAUGUGUCCUGCUGUCUUAGAGUAAAAGGUGUCAUAGUCCUAUCAGUAUUACUGUGUCCUGCUGUCUUAGAGUAAAAGGUGUCAUAGUCCUAUCAGUAUUACUACAACGUACACCAAAUUAAGUAUGUGACUCUUCAUCUCUAACUAACAAUAACGUUGUCCAUCUCCACUCAGGCGUGGGUGGAAAGUUCUGGUACGUCUCCAGCAGCGGCCUGGUGUGCUCAGACGGAGACAAGCCUGAGGACUUCUUCCUGGAGUUCCUGGAGCACGGGCGAGUGGGAAUCAAGGGCAAGAACGGCAAGUACCUGCGUGGGGACAGCGGCGCGCUGAAGGGUGACGCCGCAACCGUGGACCCCUCCUGUCUAUGGGAGUACUAA